AUGGAAAAUUUUGAUCUCUCAAGUUUGAUUAGAGAGAGUCUUGUUUUUCCAGAAUUGAAACCAAUAUCAGAUACAACUCAGAAGAAACUAGACUAUGAUAGAUAUUUAUCAGAAACUUCACCAGAUUAUUCAAUAAUUUACGAUAAAAAAGAAAACAAGCUAAAGAUUGCAAAAAUUAGCAAUAAAAACGUGAAUAUUAUCAAAGGUCUAUCCAUUAAGAUUGAAAACUUAGCUAUUUUAGAAGAUUUCUUAAUAUCUUUUUCAGAAAAGAACUUUUAUUUCUCAGAAAUACCAGAAUUACUUUCAACAGAGCUUCCUUUUUCUGAGGACAAUGCUUACAAAUCAGAAUUUACUCGAUUAGAAAAAAUUAUUUCGACUCCUUCGACUCCUGGCUUCAUUUACUACCUAGUUAAGGACAACAACAUACUUUACAAACAGAAAGUCAACCCAUUUGAACCGCCAAUAGAAGUCUUUUCAGAUGUUUCUUCUUUUUCAGCGACAGAUAACCAAAUCAUCAUUUCUCAGCUCGACGGAAUCCAUGUGUACGAAUUUAAUGACACAGAACUUACCCAAAACACAAUAAUCCCCGUGAUUGACCCGAUUUUUAUUUCUGGCGGCAAAACAACAUAUUCUGUCAUUACAAACUACUCCUUUACAACAUACAACUCAAUUGGAGACAUUGUUUCUCAGAAUUCAUCCAUUCCUACCCACAUUUGCGAACAUUCUUGUUCAAAUACAUAUUAUUACGGAAAUCGAAUCAUUUUUACAGAGCCAUACGAAGGAGAGAUGAAUAAAAUUGCUUUAGCAGGGGGAAUUGUCGGAAACAACUUUUAUUUCUGGUCAAAAAAUUUAGAAUUCGGUUGUGAUUCGAUUCCAAGCACAAAAAUUCAUUGUCCGAUCACAAUUAAACAUGACCAGCCAAGAACUACAAAACAAAACAACAAAAACGCUCCGAAACAACAAAAUCAGCAAAAUCAGAAAAAUUCACCUCAAAAACAGCAACCACGCCCACAAGAACCAAUCAACAAAAAGAAGAAAACAGGCAAGAAGAAGGAGCAGCCAGAAGAACCGAAAACUUUCCCUGUUUCUCAAAAAUUGUUAAUUUUUACAGUCCCUGACGGAAGUAUUUCCAAAAAGAUUCUUAACUCUGCCAUUCUGCAGGGCGAUGAGCCAGAGUGCUUCAUUCCUGUCCCGUGUCUCAAGCUAAAUUUAUUCGUCAUCAAGUCGAUCCACUCGGAUGAAGACGUAAUUAACAAGAUGAGGUCAGUCAAAAGGAUCCAAUCAGUCAGGUCUGUCCAAAUGCGCGAAUCUCCCAAAGAUUUCUUCAUUAUUGCGUUUAAUGAUCCUCCAAUUCACGAAGCAGCGGUCAAGAAGAUAUCGGAAAUUUUCGGAUUGGAGAUAAAGCCAAUUCUGAAUGUUUUCCACUGCAUUCCUGAUCCAAAAAAGGAAACUUCUAAGUAUUGUUUCUCUUUUCUUGACAAUCUCGAUGUAGAAGGCAAGGUUAUCAAACUGUAUAAGACGUUCCAGGAUGUUCCCGUUGUUUUCUCUAAUAAUUUGGACAAAAAUAUCAUUGAUAAGAUCAAAGAGCAGUAUCCUUCGGUUUUCAGCCAGUUUGUCAAUAAAUAUACUUUCAAACCGAACAAUGCGCUUAUAUUCAACACGGUUGAAGCUGCAAACGAGCUUUGUGAAAACAAUUUUGCAAAAAUUAACAAUAAAACCGUCAAUUUCAUCAGAUUUACACCUGUUAUGUGGACUGAAAAAUCCCUGCACGUCUGUGUCUCAGGAAACAUUAGCGAGGAAGAGCUAUUUAGAGAAUUACACCAAAAUAACCAAAAUGUAGUCCACGUUUUCAAGGAUAAUGGCAAGAAUGUUGUUGUUUAUCUAACACCUGAAGCAGCGAAACAAGGAAGAAACGAGUUUUCUCAAAGCAGGAAAAUCAAAAAUAAAUCAAUUACAAUUAUCAACUAA